AUCGACAACUAUGCUCAGCGGGACCUGAAGAAAGGGCUUCAUUUGUACGGGACAGAUGGAAAUAUUGGCCUCACUAACGCGUGGAGCAUCAUUCAAACAGAUUUCAGGUGCUGUGGAGUCUCCAACUACACUGACUGGUUUGACGUGUACAAUACAACCCGGGUGCCGGACUCCUGCUGCUUAGAAUUCAGCGAGAACUGCGGCCUCCACUCCCCAGGGACCUGGUGGAAAGCACCUUGCUAUGAAACGGUGAAAAUAUGGCUCCAGGAAAACCUACUAGCAGUGGGAAUCUUUGGAUUGUGCACAGCUAUGGUGCAGAUUCUCGGACUCACCUUUGCAAUGACCAUGUAUUGUCAGGUAGUCAAGGCAGACACCUACUGUGCAUAGAUACCAUUCCCAGUCCUUCUGCUCCUCCUCCAAAGGACACAGGAGAAA